AUGGAGAAGAAACUUGGGAUGCAGAAUGAAGUAAAGGAAGCAGAAGAAGUUGAGGAUGGAGAAGAAGGAAGGAGAAGAAGAAGUCGGGAAGGAGAAGAAGAAGUGAAGGAUGGAGAAGUAGUUUGGGAUGGGGAAGAAGUGAAGGAAGGAGAAGAAGUUAAGGAAGAAGAAGAAGAAGAAGAAGUUUUGGAUGGAGAAGAAGUUAAGGGUAAAGAAGAAAGUAUGGAUGGGGAAGAAGUUUGGGAUGGAGAAGAAGUUAAGGAUGGAGAAGAAGUUUGGGAUGGAGGAGAAGUUUGGAAUGGAGGAGAAGAACCGAAGUAUGGAGAAGAAAUUAAGGAAGAAGAAGUUUAG